AUGUCUUCAAAUUAUCCAAAGUGCGUUGUCUUUGAUUUGGAUUAUACGUUGUGGCCUUUAUGGAUUGAUACUCAUGUUACACCACCAUUUCGGGCCUCAAAAAAUGAUCCUCAAGUCAUCGUCGAUCGGUAUGGGACUGAUAUAACUUUUUACAAAAAUGUCAUCAAUAUCCUUCAGCAAUUGAAAGAUGCAAAUGUCAAGCUUUGCAUUGCAAGCCGAACCCACGCUCCUAAAUUUGCGUAUCAAGUAUUAAAUCUGAUGAAGGUUCCAAUCGACGGUGAAUUGCAACCCGCUUCGAGGUUUUUUUCCAGCAUUAAAGCAUUUCCUGCAACCAAAAUCGAUCAUUUCGAACAGCUCCAUAAAGAAACAGGAAUUAAGUACGAGGACAUGCUCUUUUUUGACGAUGAAGGUCGUAAUCGUGUUGUUGAAUCUCUUGGCGUUACCUUUUGUUUAGUACCCGAUGGCCUCAAUCGUGCUUCUUUUGAAGAAGGCAUCAAAAAAUGGCAAAAAAACAGAAAAUAA